CGAUUGCUGGCAGCUGCUUCUCAAUCAGCGGCCAAAGGAGCAGGAACAAGUCAAGGUGCGGAUAAUACGCCCCCGCCCACCUUUCCCGAUAUUCGGAGAUUAUUCUCGCUGGCAGCAUCCGAAAAGAGCCGAAUUGUCCUCGCCUUGGCUCUUCUGGUCAUCAGCAGCGCUGUAUCGCUAUCUGUGCCCUUCGCCAUCGGCAAGGUUAUCGAUUUCUUCACCAAUGGUGAAUCUUCACUCCUCGGUCUCAGCUUCUCUAGCGUCGCUGCGCUACUUCUCGUAAUCUUUACCGUUGGCGCGAUCGCAAAAGCGGGCAGCAACAUCAUGCUGGAGCUGGCUGGUGUCAGAAUCGUGCAGAACAUGCGCGAAAAGGCCUACGCUACAGCGCUCCGGCAAGAGGUCGAGUGGGCUGAUCGAAGCUCGGGAGACGUGGUGAGCAGGCUUAAUGUCGACACUACGAUUCUUGGCGAUGCGAUCACGUCUGACAUCGGAGACGGCUUGCGAGCCGGUGUGACGGUCAUCUUUGCAGGCACGGCCAUGUUCUGGAUCUCUACCAAGCUCACCUUACUCAUGCUGGCCGUGGUACCGCCAGCUGCAAUCGGAGCAGUCUUUUACGGCCGCUAUCUGCGAGACUUGACGAACAAGACGCAGGAAGCUGUAGGAGGCAUGACCAAGGUGGCAGAAGAGAGAUUGGUGGGACCCGCUUUCCGAACGGUGACUGCAUUUGGCACGCAAGUCGAGGAGACCCAGCGCUUUGCCAAGAAAGUGCGCGAAAUUGUUGCGCUCGAGACCAAGGAAGCCUACGCCUCGGGCAUCUUCUAUGGAGGCACGGGUCUCGUUGGAAAUUGCGCCAUCCUCACGCUCCUCACAGUGGGCGGUUCUCUCGUGGCGAGGGGACAAAUCACUGUUGGAGAUCUGACCAGCUUGCUGAUGUACACUGCCUAUUUAGGAGGCGGUCUCGCCAGCUUGACCCACUUUUUCGCGUCUCUUAUGCGCGGUGUCGGAGCAGGUGCUAGAGUUUUCCAGCUCGUGGAUCGCGUGCCCGAACAGAUCAGGCUCGAAGAAGGGGAGAAGACGCUGCCUGCUCGAGGAGCCAUUGCCUUUGAGGACGUGCACUUUGCGUACCCUUCGAGACCUCAACAAAGCAUCCUCAACGGCGUCUCGCUGACCAUUCGACCUGGUGAAUCAGUCGCUCUGGUUGGAGGGUCCGGGGUCGGCAAAUCGAGCGUGCACGCUCUGCUGCUCAGAUACUACGAUCCCGACUCGGGAAGCAUCACGAUCGGAGGCAAGGAUAUCCGAGACGUCGAUCCGCAAAGUCUGCGUUCUCUGAUCGGCACUGUAUCGCAAGAGCCAACCAUCUUUGAAGGCACCAUUGCCGAAAACAUCUCGUACGGUACUCCAAAUGCCAGCAGAGAACGAAUUGAGGAAGCGGCACGCCUGGCGAAUUGCACGGACUUUAUCGCUUCGCUACCACAAGGCUUGGACACGCACAUUGGGCCACGCCAACUCAGCGGAGGACAACGACAACGAAUAGCCAUUGCGCGCGCACUGAUCCGCAAACCUAGCAUCCUGCUGAUGGACGAAGCGACAUCUGCGCUGGAUUCCGCUUCCGAGUAUCUCGUCAACCGAGCCAUCGAGUCCAUCAUUGCGCAAGGCGAAAUCACGGUCUGGAUCGUCGCGCAUAGGCUAAGCACCAUCAAGUCUGCAGGCACAAUUCUUGUGCUGGACGGAGGACGCGUCGUCGAGUCCGGUCCUUUCAACCAGCUGGACAGACCAGGCUCUAGGUUCCGUGCGCUCAUGGCUACCCAGCUCCAGAGUGGCAGCACGACUUUGGAUGGGCCAGCGUCGUCGCUGUCGCCGUCGGCUAACAGUGGGUCCGACUUGCAUACGGUGCGUGCUUGA